GAUGUUAGUUAGAUUUUUAUUUUCUAUAUAUCCCCUCUUAUGAAUACUAGAGUUGCUUUAGCGUUAGCGUUAUGAUGAUAUCCUAAGAUCCAUUAGAGUUAUGGUGACUGGCCAUUCUAAUCAACCAUAUAUCCGAUAUACAUCGCGUGUGGGCGAUAGAACCAAGGAUUUGAGGAGUUUAUAUUAGAUCCAUCUCUUCUGUGGUAGGAUCUACUGUAAAUCUUGAUAUCUGAUAAGCGUAGAUAUUACCAUGCUAUGACGUCGCCCGAAUCCCAUCUAUAACUUUUAACCGCAACGAGCCCAGCAUAAUAGCUUCACAUACAAUAAAUAAUCAAAAUGUUUGAAAACUGCAUCCCCCAAACAGCCACUCGCUCCACCCUCGACCCUCAAAUCCAAAACUUCCUCUCCGACAAUCCCAAUCUCCAUCUCGGUGGUCCAGACUUUCUCCGCGAGCGACAGCAUCACUCUCAAAUAUUUGGGUUCCACACCCUUCGAGCAUCGCUCCAUGCUCCGAUUGAUCGUAUUGAACACACUGCUAUUCGCGGACCACACGGUACGAUUCCAAUUCGGAUUUUUUAUCCCUCCAGCAGUAGAGACCGCCAACGAGGCCGCGAUUCAGCUGCAUUAAUCUAUUUCCAUGGCGGGGGAUAUACGGUCGGCACAGUGGAUGAGUUUGAGAAUGGAUGUCGCAUUCUAGCAGAGGAAAGUGGUGUACAGGUGUAUGCGGUGGAGUAUCGAUUGGCGCCGGAGUGGAAGUUUCCGACUCAGCUGGACGAAUAUAAAACGGUCGUUGAAUGGGUUCAGAAUGGGGGUGGGAAAGAACGAGGCGUCAAUCCGAAGAGAGUCUGUGGAGGGGGCGAUAGUGCUGGAGGGAAUAUGACUGCUGCUCUGUCGUUGAUGCUGAGAGAUGAAAAGGCGAAGAUGAAGCCGUUGCAUGCGCAGAUCUUGUUAUACCCUGAAGCACGAGUACCGUUUGAUACGAAAGCGGCCGAGGAGAAUCAUUCUGGCUUUUAUCUCGAGUGCAAUGGAAUAUUCUCCUUUGCAGACCACUAUCUCCCACGCGGAGUCCCCCCUUCACAUCCGUAUAUAUCACCCGGAAUGCAACCUGCGACUUCACUCCAGAAUCUACCUACAGCAGCAGUAUACACGAAUGGAUUCGAUCCUCUUCGCGACGUCGGAGUAGAAUACGCAUCGAAACUGCAAGAUGCCGGCAAUCCGGUUGUCUGGCGGCAUUUUGAAAGUCUCCCGCAUGGUUUCUUGCAGAUGGCGCCGUGGAGUGAGGAUGCGAUGGCGGCCACGAAACAGGUGGGGAGGGAUUUGGGGCAUUUGGCGUAUUCUGAUAUUUAAUAAUUAUCUUGAUAUGAGAUUCAGAUGAUGUUAUAUUGUAGUGGUGAUACAGACCCACUUUUAUCGAAUCAAGUUAUGCCUCGGAUCAUAACGUCAUAGAAC